AUGAGGAAGAAACAACUGAAGCUUCAAGGUGCUCCUGCCCAUCAGAAAACAAAAAGCAGUGCAUCAAAGAGACCUCAUGCCCAAAAAACACUCGGGGCUGAAUCUGAGCCUAAGUCGAAGAAGACGCCAAAACAAAUGGAGAGUGAUAGCUCCAGUCCUGGGAUUGAAGACCCUAAGGCUGCUACAGGAAGUCCCCAACAUCCAACUGUCACAUCGAUCAUCGUUACAAUUCAGCCUAAAAGCAGUAGGGCUCCCACUUAUCAUCCCAUAACUCCUCCUGACUCUGACAAAGGGUCUAUGGACGAAGUGAACGAUCCUGCUGUAGAAAAAAAGGAAAACUCUCCACCAAAAAUCAUUACUCAACAUUCCCACACUAGUGGCUCUGAACUUGAGGAUGAGAAAAAUGAAGAUGCCCCAUUGGAAAAAGAUGCAGGAAUGCAAGACCCUAGGGAAAUUCCUGAAGAUGGAUCUGAAGAUGGUUCACCCGAAACUAACCAAGACCUGGAUGAUCCUGAUAAUGAAGAAGAAGAAGAUCAAUCUAUGUUUAACUUCGACGAAGAACCCAUGAGGACGAGGAUGAGGAUCCAAAUGAUGUUGGUGAUGAAGAAAGGAAUGUCUAAGAAGAUCAACAAACACCAGAACAAUCCAAGACCAACUCAAAAGCUGAUACUGCCAACAACGCCACAAGGCCUUCGACUGACACUGUCAUUCCCCUAUCUCCUAUAG